AGCAUUUCCAUUACACUUUCAGCUCAAAUUAUAUGGUUAGAUAAAAAUGUUCUCUAUCGAUCUGUGCAAGUCCGAGGUCAGUAGUUUUCUCCAGUUAUCGAGACGGCUCAGUUUUGCUGGGACAGACAUGUUUCCUUAUUUUCAACGCGAGAAACCUCGAAAAUAACUGGAAAGAGAAGAGUUUGUUAAACUGGAAACAUAGAUUACCGACCAUGCUGAAUCUCGUGGCAACGAUGGUUUUUUGAGAAAGUUACAUAAACCUAGUGAACACAUAUUAGACGACGUCAUUCAUUUUUGCCUAUUUUCACGUAAAAUUAGAAAAUUCAUUUGACUGAGUUCUGAAAGUUUUUCUGUUAAAAAGUUAUUCACAAAGUUAUACACAAACCAGAAGAGUAUUUUGAUUCUGAUCCUAGUCCGUUUCUUAGUGAAAUGUUUAAUUUGCAAAAUGCAGUUGUAAUCAUUUUAAAUGUCUAUCGACACUAGCAAGGCGGACAGUAACAUCAACUUCCACGUUGAUGUAUCAGAUACUUUUAGUUUAAAUAUACAUCUAUUCACUCUCAGUUGUGUUACAGUGUGUUAGUGCGUCGACUGUACACUUAAGCUGUACAAAUAUCGAACAAACUUGCGCACCAUGUGAAAGCAGAUGUUGCUGUUAGUCUUGCUACUGUCAAUAGACACAUCCAUCUAAUUUUUAUUAUAUCUAAUAUGGAAAGUGUUUAAAGACACAAAAUUUGAUUUUAAAUAAUUUUCAAAUGUUCUUUCUUUUUUUAUCUUAUAUCUGUUUGUUACUUUAGUGAUGCUAACAUCGAUGAUCAACCUCGAACUAUAAUUGAUUCGUAUCAUAGUGAAACAGGUGAAAAAUAUUUGGAACAAACAAAAAUUUAUCCUGAAUUACCAAUGUAUUAUAUUCAGUCGUUAUAUUAUUUUCUUGGUCAUUUAAAAGAAACAUUUGUUAAUGGAAAAAUUACGUUUUUAGAUAUUUGCAAUUUAGAUUUAGUGCAAAAUGUACAACAAAUUCUAUUGGCUAUUAGAGAAUCAGCUAGAACAAAUGAUAUUGUCCAGUUAUCAAAUAACAGAAAAUAA